UUUAAGAAGGGGCAUUUUUUCUAGACACAGAGAAUGAGAAAGCAAACAGACAAAAUUCUCGUGUGGGGACAAAAAAGAGAGCCCAGAAAACCAAAAAUCUCUUAAAGACUCCUAUUGCUUCUGUCUCCAAGUAACCCCGAGAAAUUUUCCUCUGUCGUCUUCUCUCAUCUCUGUCCUCUCCCUGAUCACCAUACUCAUAUAAAACACUGAAAAGAACAGAAGCAAAAAGAAGAAACCGACCAGUCCGGUGUAGAAAAUGUUGCUAAGAGACUCCAUUGAGAAGACCAAGAAGUUCUUCAACGAGACCCUCGUAAAUCUCAAGUCUUUCUUCUUCGGAGGCUACCAAAAGCUGCCCAAGCCACCCUCUUUCCACCCAUUUUCUUGUGGCAGCAGCAGACAGAAAGACACCCAGAUAGAAAAGUUUUAUGCUGAUUUCUGCAACGAGUGGGGGUGUGAUCUUGACAAAGGCAGGACCAGAAUUCAGAAGGAUGCCAAAGUGCAGGUGAAGGAUGGUGAAGAUUCAUGCAGUGACACAGCUACGAAGCAUGUGAAUCACCAGAGUCCUGUCGAGAACAAGCAACAAGAAGUGGAAGGAGAUAGAGAAAAGAUAGACAAGAAGAAGAAGAAGAAAGUGUUGGGUUCCAAGUCUGCGGAAACAGAGGAAACAGAGAGGUCGAAUGCAGCCGGGUUAGUGCUGGCAAAGAGAAUGAAAGAGCUGGAGAUGAUGGACGUGAGCGAUGUGGAUCAUGUUCUGGACAUAGAGGAGGCGCUGCACUAUUACUCCCGUCUCAAGAGCCCUGUCUAUGUGGAGAUUGUCGACAAGUUCUUCACGGACAUGUACUCUGAUUUCUCUCCCACUCCACAACAACAACCCUCUCUUCGCACCACCAAAUCCAAAAAGAGACUCGGGUCCGUCAGGUUUUAGAUUGGCUCGUUAUAUCAUGAUUGGCCCUCUCCUUUCUUGUGCAUAGGAUUUUGAUUUAGCCUUCUUCUUUUUCUUUUUGGGUUUUAUCUUGUCAUUUGAAUGUGGGAUUUGCGACCCUUGCAAUUUGGUUUGUCAUGUGGCACUCUUAGAUCUUUACUCAUUCCAAAUUUGAUUGCUUC